GAGCCUCGCCCUUGAAAACGCCAAUCGGUCACCGCGUCGACAUUUUACACGGUAAUUAGAAACUGCGGCGCGCAUCCCGCGCCUCCACACGCUCGUCACCAGGAUGCAGGAAGACUUUCUAAGCAGCGAGAACUGCUGGCUGCCUCUGGGUUCUGACUCAGUCCGUCAUUACCAUCAGUCAGUAUAGGAGCUGCCUCUGGGAGGGGUGGUAAUACCGCGCCACGCUCCGACCCUCCUUUCUUCGUCUGAGUCUCUGUUGAUGUCACCUACUCGACGCUCACUCCCCGCCACGCGACACGAGGCAAAGUGAUCAGGUGAUGGACGCUUGCUUGUAUGGAACAUGGGGAGAGGUAACAUCAUCCAAGCGAAGGAGGAUAAGCUACAUAAACUCUAAUACAUCAUAAGAGAACUUUAUUACUCUACGUCUUGAGAACAAAAGAGCAUCGGAAAACAAGGGAAGUUGGUACAACUCUAUACGUGGCAGUUAACUAACCAAACAUCGAAGCCUGAAACAGUGAUAAACAAAAUAAGCACGUGAAAAAUUAAACAACUAACUAAACAUUCCUUCACGUGCACACGAAUGACCUGGCGUGCGUGUACGUGUGUAUAUGCGCAUGUGUGUGGGGCUGAAACCCUCCCAGAUCCCCAGUGAAGCAGGCACCCUCAAGUAUGACGAGUGUUUGUAGUGAAAGGCCAAACAAACUUGUGGGCUUGGCAAAUAGAAAACAAAUCACAAGGCCAUAAGUCCUGACUGCAGCACGCGUCUUCUCCAGUGCUCCUCUAGUCCGGGACACGCCAGGGAGUCACAGUAGGACAAAAGAGGCGCAGAGACAGCGCAGUUGUAACCGAGAUAAGUACAGAAGCAUCACGUGUCUGCACCAUGGCCUUCAGUAGCUUCCGGGGUGUUGGUGAUGCUGCGAAGAGACGCGGGCGAGGUGGAAGGCAGGCAGGAUGUCACGGGAGGCAGGGACGGUCACAGAUGGCAGCUGCUGUGGUGGUGGUGAUGGUGGUGCUGUUCAGCGCGUGCCCUGUGGAGUGCCGGACAAAUCGCUCUAUGUCAUCCUCCAGCCGCAAUUCCCUCCUGGGCAUGGACUCCUUGUGUCCCAUGGCCUUCCAGAAGCUCGGGUCCCGCUGCUAUUUCUACGGCUACUUCCCCCUCAACUGGUACCGCGCCGCUGAGUUCUGCCACUCCUUCGGCCGCGGCGUGUCCCUCGCUACUCUGGAGACAGCUGAGGAGAAUCACCAUGUGAAGAAGUGGCUGACUAUGAACGGCAACCACAACAGCGGCGUGUGGGUGGGCGGUUCAGACAACGGGCACAACGGAAAGUGGGCGUGGUUCCCUACUGGUCAGUUGGUGAGCUACAGUAACUGGGGCCCGUCUCAGCCCAGCGGCGGGGACCAGCACUGCAUGUAUCUGGUCGGCGGCCUCCUCGGUUACCAGUGGGCUGACUUCCACUGUGAGUUUGACAUGAAUUUUCUCUGCGAGCACGGCGUGAACAACGUACAAGUGUGGAGGAGGAAGAGGAGGAGAAGGAGGAGGUCCAGUGUGGCAGAGAGGAGCGAUGACGUGAUAGAAAGCUUUCAGAAUCCUCAGCCGGGUAAUCUGUAGAGCCCUUCUGUGCCUGUGCUGUGCCUCCUGCUUGUCGGGAUCUGCUGCCUGGAUGGUGGUGUGGGUGUCGAUCAGCCUUAGCACAGCGGCACUCAGCGGCGAAGUGACAAGAGCUCCUCCAGGAAGAACAUGUUGGCUUCUCUAGAAAUAAGGAUACAGACACACAGGUUCCGAGGAGGCGAGAGGUACUUUGUAGAUUUGGUAGAAUCCUUGCUGGACUUGGGUUGUAGAUUUCUGUUUGCUGCUACUCUUAUCCUGACUAACAUUCUCCAACUUUUUUUUUUUUUCUGUGUCCUCUUCCAUUCUGUUCUUGUUUCUAUCGUUCUUUUUUAUUUCAAUUUUUAUUUCCAAAAGUGUCAUUUAAUUUCUAAGGUUUGUUGUGUGUGUUAUCGUUAAUUUCUUAGCUCAUACUAGGUCCUCUAGAAUACUGAUGAAUGUGUAUGAUGUUAAUGUGCCUUCCUUCAUUCCCGUGUCGCGAAGGAAGUGAAGGUAGAAUACAAUGAUCCAUCUUGCAUUUUAUUAUUCACACUUUGUUAUUUCGUUGGAUUGUGAUUAUUAAUGUGCUACAAUUUUUUUCUUAUAUUUUCUCUGUUAUGUUAUAUUAUGACCUCUGGGGUGUAGUAAAGUGGUCAACGAGACUAUUGCUUUCCACCAGGGGGCUUGAUGUGUUUGUGUGUGUGUUGUGUGUGUGUGUGUGUGUGUGUGUCUGGGUCACCCCUUGCGGGAUUGCCGGCCCGGUAUAUAGAUGGAUAUUUUCUCAUACUGUCACAUAUUUAUUCGAUGACUUUGUGUGUCUGCCUUUCCCGUACAUCUAAGAAUACAGGUAUACGUGUGAUGUGUAAAUGUACUUAUGUCGGAGUAAAGUGAAGUAUUGUUUAUAAAAGUUACCCCUUUCAGCCAAAGUUUUCUGUCACGUGAAGGAAGUUUAGGGAGGACCUCACUAACACGUAACAAAGCCUGAGGAGAGGGAUAUUAAACUACUACACACAUUCUCUAUAGACAUGAUUUACCUUGUGUGUAUGAAAUGAGUACUUUUAAUAGCCCUCCCCCCACCAGGCCCGCUCAUAAGCAUCACUCUCUGACAGUUGUUUUUCUCCCAGGUCCUCCCAUGCCUGUACCUUUAUCUCCUCCAUCAGUCUUCCCCACGUUGCCUUUCAUCCCCUUCCGUACCACUGCCAUUUGGAAUAAGACAAUUUUUUAGUACAAGCGUCAAAUAUGUUUUGUUGUCUGCUACGAGAGAGAGAAGCGAAAAAAAAGUGUAGGGUGAUAAAACUACUUCUGUGUUUGUGCAUGUGUGUGUGUGUGUGUGUGUGUGUGUGUGUUCACCGUGUUUUCGCCUGGGGUUUAAUUAAACUCUCCUUCAUUUGAUGCUUGUUUGUUAGGACGCGAUGGUCAGCCGUGACGAAGGCAAACUCUCUCUCUCUCUCUCUCUCUCUCUCUCUCUCUCUCUCUCUCUCUCUCUCUCUCUCUCUCUCUCUCUCUCUCUCUCUCGUCACAGUCACUUGGGCGUGCGUGCAGCCGUCACAGCAAGCGGCGUCACGUUAGUGUAGCAGUUGGCGGGGUGGCGCGUGACUGCCUUGUGCUUAUGUGGUCACGGGUUCCAUUCCGUAAUGUUUAGUGUUUGUGUUCGUGUGGGUGAGAACACUCUUAUUACUGUACGCUUUUUUUUUUUUUUUACUUGGGAUUCUCUUUUAUUGUUUGUGAGUGCUGUGGUCUUAUUGCUACCAUUAUUAUUAUGUGUGUUGUAGUACUAGUAGUAGUAGUAGUAGUAGUAGUAGUAGUAGUAGUCAUUCAUUAACUAUUUUACGUGCAAAUUAAUAGUGUACGUUAUCAACAUUACCAUUAUGUCAAGUGUCAAGUCUUUCUAAUGCAUCUGAUUUUACUUUUGGGAGAAGUACACGAGAAAGACGAGACUCUCACAUACAUUCCGAAACCUUUGCUUGCUGUAGAGGCAAGAGUAACCACCAUGCUUAUCUCUUCACGUUUUCAAGACAAUUAAGAAAAUAAACUAACUUUGCCUCUUAUUCUCAUGUUAUUAAAAGGUUUGGGAACGG